UUUAGCAAAACCCCUACAUUUGGUGCAAAACCUCCGAACCCAGAGAUGGUGAAAACUAAAAACGUAACAUUAUAAAGGGAAGAAGAGAAAAGAGAGAAUGAAUUUCUGGGAUCGAGCAAAAGAAGUAGGCAAAACAAUGGAAGAAAAAGGAGGAGCGUAUUUUGGGUUAUGCACUGUGGGAGGAAUAGUCAGUGCUGGAACUACCCAUGUUUUCGUCACCCCUCUUGAUGUUCUCAAAGUCAAUAUGCAGGUAAAUCCAGUCAAGUACUAUAGCAUUACAUCGUGUCUAUCUACUUUACUAAGAGAACAAGGGCCCUCGGUACUUUGGAGAGGAUGGGCUACAAAAUUCAUUGGUUAUGGAAUGCAAGGUGGUUGUAGGUUUGGCCUAUACGAAUACUUCAAGAACAUGUAUUCGAAUGUGCUCGGAGAUGGCAACAGGAGUCUUGUUUUCUUCGCUAGUAGUGCCUCUGCGGAAGUGAUUGCCAACAUUGUUCUAUGCCCUUUUGAAGCUAUCAAAGUCCGGGUGCAAGCACAGCCAACUUUUGGCAAAGGGUUGCUCGAUGGAUUCCCCAAGCUAUAUGCAUCAGAAGGCGUCUAUGGUUUUUACAGAGGGCUUGUUCCGCUGUGGGGUCGAAACCUUCCAUUCUCGAUGGUGAUGUUCUCAACAUUUGAGCAUACCGUGGAUUUCAUGUACUCCAAUGUUCUCAAAAGGAGAAAAGAAGAUUGUUCGAAAGCUAGACAACUCAGUAUAACAUGUAUAGCAGGAUAUACAGCUGGAGCAAUUGGUAGUCUUGUAUCGAAUCCAGCUGAUAAUAUCGUCACUUCGUUGUACAAUAAGAAAGCCGACACCAUUAAAGUGGCUGUAAAGGAGAUUGGACUUGUAAACUUAUUCACGAGAAGUCUUCCCAUAAGGAUCAUACUAGUUGGACCAGUAGUAACCUUGCAGUGGUUCUUCUAUGAUUGCAUAAAAGUCUUGAGUGGGUUACCAACCAGUGGAGAACUUAGCUCAAAUAGAGAAGUGGAGACGACAUCAUAAACUUUAAGCCAUAUUGAUAUUUACAGGAAGCCUUGCUUCAAUAUCGGAACAUCUCAGUUUCAGGAAAGGACUUACUAACCAUACACCAUAUACUUCAAGAGUUCAAGUGAUUGUUUGGUAUACAGGAAAUUAUAUAGGCAGUAGAAAUUUUCAUGAUUUUUUUAAAUUGGGUAGUUGUUUGGUUGAUAAGAAGUGGGAAAAAUAGAGGCAAUGAAAAUUCCUGGAAAAUUGAAAUUCCCACAAAAUGUGGGAAUUUAUUCACCUAGCCCUCCUUGGCCAUUUAAAAUUCCCACAUCAAUUCAUGAUGCCAAUAAAUUGGCUUUAAGCUUUGUAGUAGUCACGUAGGCUACAUUUUGUAUCAAUUGUAUGCGGUUUUCCAUUAAUAUUUAUUUGGCGAAUUAAGAGAA